CUCCGCCACUCCAUCCCCUAGGGUCAUGGAUGGCGGCCUUCUUCCUCCUUGCAUUGCAUGGGCAUGGUGUGUUUUUCUUGUCCAGCCCAUCUUACUAUGCAAGAGAUUUGAUAUUGAUUGACACGCUGUUGGUCGAAUUUUAUUAGAAGUCAGUACUAAUGUUGCAGUUCGUCAGUCUGGAGCAGACAAUUUCUUCAGAGAUCAUUGUAUUUUCCUGAGCAGAACUUAUGUACUUGAAGCUUUAAUCAUGAUAGAACCCACCAUGAUAGAACUGAUGUACCUAAGCAGAUUUAUUAGAACCCACCAUACAUUUUAUUUCUAUAGAUUUAUUAGAACCCACCAUGAUAGAACUGACGUACCCGAGCAGACAAUGAGAGAGAUCUUGUCAUCUCUUCUCCUGGCACGAAGAACUUAAUCAUGGAGUAGAUUGAAGGUACACAAUUUCAGAUUUGUACGUGCAGAGGUGCGCUUAGUAACGACAGUUCUUGGCUUCAUUUACCGGAACAUCGUUAGGUCCUUACAUGAUCCUUAUUUGAUCAAAUUGCUGGUUAGUACUUUUACAGGAACAUGGAAACCAAAAUAUGUGCUCUGUAUCCAUUCUUAUCAUGUGUGUGCUCUCAAAAUCAAGCUUCAUGCUACAACGGCCAAUAUAACUUAAACCAACAAUCAUCUAAAGUUCUGAAGAUGCCUCACCAUGCAGUAUGUGUAGCUAACUGAAGAUAAAUUAAUGAUUUAUGUUCAUGUAUUCUUUUAAUACUGGUUCUUUUUUGCUGUUCAUGUUAUGCAUGCUGGAUUCAGCAGUUUUCUAUGGCUAAAAGUCAAUUGACAUGUCAAUAUACGCGAGCAUGUCUUUGCGUUUAGGAGUUGAGAAGACUUUGAGUGCACGCCAAGGGAAAGGUGAAUCAGUUGAUGUAGGCAAUAAAGAUUCAGAACAUGCUGAAAUUGAAUGAAACAUAUAUUCAAUUGAAGAACUGUGAUACAAUGGAAUAUUUGUGAUUGCAAAAACGUCAAACUGGAGACGAGUAAGGCAUUCUCCUCUUAUGUGCAGAACCCUCUGUCCCCUCUUUUGCAAUCUGUCUUGUCCCCUGGUAUAUCAUUGUCCGUGUGAUGGUGCCUUGAGGAGCAUCCGAGUUCAAGGAUCCGGCCCUCGCCAUCGGGACCAACGGGGUCGUCGCCAAGUACAUCUGGAUGAUAUGAAGCAUUUGGCACCGGCGCUCACCUCUUUGACAAGCCACGCUUUUUGGGUUUGCUUGCAGUUCAGAUAGUUGAACUACUGACUAUUGAACGAAGAAAAAUUAUUGAUGAUCAGUACCCAGGAGCAUUGAGAAUGGCGCUGGAACAAAACCAUGGAAGCGAACUCCUUUUGCUCAUAUCACAAAAAAAAAUUCAUGGUGCAAAAGGAGAACAAGUGCAGAGUAGGAAGCUGAUGCUUGCUGCUAUAAUCUUAGACUGUGGUAAUGGGGGAGGCUGACGAUGCUAGGGAUGCGGUGGUGGAAGAGAUGGAUAUUGAUGGUGGCGACAGGCACCGGGGCAAGGGCAGGAGGGACAGGCACAGGAGGGAGGACAAGGAUCACCAUGGCAGUGGGAGGAGGGACAAGGAUAAGGACAAAGAUAAGGAUGAGAGGAGGAGGGACAAGGAUGAUACCAAGCAUAGGGACCGGGAUAGGGAGAGGGAAAGCGACAUGGAUAACAGCAAGCAUAGGGACAGGGAUUCAGAGCGUGACCGUGGCCGUGACCGUGAUCGCGAGAAGGACCGGAAAAGGGAUACAGAGAGGGAGUGGGAAAAGGAAAAGGAACGGAGGGAUAGAGACAAGGACAGGAGCUGUAACAGAGAAAAGAACAAGAAGGAGGAUAGGGAACGGGAGAAGCCGAGGGGAAAGGACCGUGGAGAAGAUGCAGAUUUGUCUAAGGGUGAUGAGGGAGACCAGAAGAAGGGAGUUGACUUCCCAGGAGAGUCUGACCAGGCCUCUACAAAUGCCCUCCGGGACCGCAUUGCGAGUUGCAAGUUGGCGGAACUUUUGCUUUUGAGAUUGUGGCCACAAUUCUCAUUGAAUUGCAACGGAGAGGGUGGGAAGAAGUUGGUGCUUGUUAAAUUUUGAUAGCUUUUUUGAUGUUAGCAACUAGGCACUACUAACCUAUCUGUCAGAAUUGGUUCAUUACUAAAUGCAGAUAACAUGCGGGAGCGACUAGGAGGACCUGAACAUGAGGGAGGAAACAAGCCGAAGUGAGGCCACAAUGGCUUUGGGUGGCGCACAAGUGCUCCAGGUGACCAAGAAAUGCGGCAUCCACGAUGUACGGUGACAUGACCGGGCAGGAGGGCACAAGGGAGAGGGCUAGAGAGGAAAAAGUAAAUGUGGCAUCACUAUUAUCAUGCUCGCGUGGUCAGUGAAGACAUAAGAAAACGGACACGUGACAUCCACCGUUGCCAGCACACACCAUAGUACAGGAGGAAGUGGAGAUGUACAUUGUACUCCAUAAAGAUGCAUAUGACGCACACAUAGUCAAUUAUAAUGAUAUUUAAUAUUAAUCUUUGUACGUUUAAAGUUUAUUGUCCCAUGGCAACGUACAUGCAUUUAUGAUGGAAGAUAGACAAUGGUGAAGAGGCAACA